UGUAAAGUGAAAUCAGAAAGAGACAGAGGAGGACAAAGACUGGAGAUACGAAAGAAAGAAAUAAAGAAACAAGAAGAAGGUGGAGGAGGAGGAGAUAAAGGAGCAGAGGGGGAUUGAAUCAGAGCUGGAGGUAUGAUGAGGACAAGCUCGAGGACGGCUGACAGUUUGAGCUCACAGUGGGUGAAGGCAGGAUACACCUGGACGGGUCGUCAUUGUGUGUUUGUGUUUUCUUUCGAUAGUAACAUCAUCGGCAAACGGAGCAGAGUCAGAGGAGAUGGCGUCUCGAUCAUGUCCCUGUUGGGCGGCCCUGUGCAUCUCGGUCUUUCUGCUGACCGGUGCCUCUGCAGACCCGUCGCCACAGUAUGUCCUCCAUCAAACUGCCUCUCACUUCAGCGAGGCCAGCAGCCGCUGCUCCCCCGGAGAGCUCACCACCCUCACCACCCAACAGGAAGUCUCUGAGGUGCUUGCGGUCAUCGCCGCUUCGGCGUUGCCCCCGGGCGACUUUGUAUUCUGGAUCGGACUGAAGAAAGAGAGGAAGGAGUGUGUGGUGCCGUCGCAGCCGCUCCGAGGCUUCAGGUGGAUCCAGGACGGGAGCCAGGAGUCGCAGGUGAGCCAGUGGAUGGAGGAGCCACAGCGAACUUGCACCACAGUCCGCUGCGCCGCGCUGAAAGGAACCUUCGACGGGUCGUCGGUGACAACCUGGGGUCUCGUCCCCGGCAGCUGCAAACACUCCUACAAGUUCAUCUGCAAACUGCAGAGCGGGGUGACGGCAGGGCUGCCAGAGAGCCCUGAGAGAGCCGCCACGCCAGAACCACAACCAGAGACAACAGAACCACAGCUAAUACCUCAGACUCAAGAACCAACAACCAGCGAACCGGAACCAGAGACCCUUCAACCAUCCACACCUGGACCAGCUGGAACAACGCCUGCAGCUUCUCAACCUGAGCGCCCUGCUCCAGAACUGGAGCAGACCAAAGUGUACGAGCUGCAGCCUGGAUCUGGACCUGAACCUGAACCCAGCCCUGGACCAGUGCCAGGGUCAGGGUCAGGGUCAGGCUCAAACCCUUGUCACAACCCAAUCAUCCCUAGCGCUCGCUCCCUCAGCCCGGACCCGCAGGACAGCAGCCGGGUCCGGGUGGAAUGCUGGUCCUCAUCAAGCUGGACCUGUUGUGCUCGGGUCAGCCCGCCGCCUGGCGCAUUGCUGGAACGGAUCGCCGGCCAAUUUCAGCGGCCUCUGCCAGCCGUGCGCCGCCGGCUUCCAGAAGAACACCUCCGGCACUGCGAGGACGUGGACGAGUGCAGAACCAAGCCCUGCAAACACAACUGCGUGAACACCGAAGGCUCCUUCAGGUGCGUCUGCUGCCGACGGAACGUCCCGGACGCAGGGACGUCGCCCUGCGACGACACGGUGACGGUGGAGAAUGCCGACGCGCUGUCCGGCGUCCUGAUUCCGGUGCUUGAUCGCCGUUGGCGGCGCUGGUUGGUGCUGGUGGUGGUCGUGGCGGUGACGGUGAAAGUGCUGCCUGAUGAGGCGGUCGAAGAAACAACGCCAUCAAGAAGGGGAGAAGAGGGGCGGAUUAGACUCCUUUGAAACAGCCAUGACAAGGCAACGACAUGAAGGAGCAGCCCUGCCAUUGGUCGAAAUCAAGUCGUCUAUUGGAGGAAGAUAUUUUCAAAGUCAGAGGAAGGGGAAAGAAAUAAAACUUUAAAUUUCAUUAUCACAUGAUCGCACUUGUUUGUCUGACGGCUGCAGCUUGCUAAGUGACACAAUUAUUCAAGAUGGUUUUAGAAAUUCUUCUGUCACGCCGCUUAAAGUGAAGCGACCUGAUGAAGCGCACGCCAUGCGAUGGGACAGGAGUACGUGGCUCGAGCGGCUCUCAAGUCUCAAGUGACUGCAACGUUCAAAUAUUUAGCCACUUCACAAAUCUCAGUGUGUGUUUACAGGCGCGCUUCCUGCUUCCUGUUCAGGAAACUGUCUCACACACACAAUUACUGUGUGGCUAAACAUCUUGUAAUUACAACCUGAAGAAUCUAGUUUAGAACUGUAUCUUUCAAAAAUCAAUGAAAGAGAAAAAAUAGAAACGUGGAUAUGAAACGGCUGGUAGAGAAAUAUCUCAGAAGACUCGGCCAAAGUAUUGAUUAAGGGGGAAACUUUCACUCUUUUCACUGUUUUAUUUGUAAGAAAUGUAAUAAAUAAAUUGGAAAAUGA